AUGAAAAGAGUGUGCAGUGGCUUGACGUGUACAGUCUGUGGCGAUGUUUCGAGUGGUAAGCACUAUGGGAUCUACGCCUGCAAUGGAUGCAGUGGGUUCUUCAAGCGCAGCGUCAGGAGAAAGUUGGUCUACAGAUGCCAAGCUGGGACCGGAUGUUGUUUAGUAGAUAAAGCUCAUCGCAACCAAUGCCAGGCAUGUCGUCUUAAGAAAUGUUUGGAAGCAGGGAUGAAUAAAGAUGCUGUACAGAAUGAGCGUCAGCCUCGAAACAUGGCCCAUGUCCGACUCGACAGUGUACCUUCUGUCACAACGGCUGAACCCCAUGAGCUCGCUCCCAGUCCGUUGGCCCGAGAACCGACCUCCUCAUCGUUCUCCACGUCGUCGUCAUCAUCGACGUCACCAUCGUCAUCGUAUGGUGGGCCGAUGUCGGCGUCGGCGCACGCUGCUGCGUUUGCGUUCACGGCCAAUCACCGAUUCAUGGCAGGCUUGAUGACAGCAGAAACAUGUGCCAAAUUGGAACCGGAAGAUGCACUGCAAGACACAUGCGAGAUCGACGUAACCGGUGACAUUGAGCCCAGAAGCGAUCUCCGACCAGAUCAUCGUUCCGACCAUCAUCACCAUCAUCACCAUCGACGAGCAGGAAUGAUCCUGAGCGGAUCGGAGCUUGCGACCACGCCCAAGGAGAUCGCUGUUUAUCCAUCAAGCAAUGAUAGCAUCUAUGAAUCAUCGGCACGCCUUCUCUUCAUGGCCGUCAAAUGGGCCAAGACGCUGCCAUCUUUUUCUAGUCUCCCUUUCCGAGAUCAGGUUAUUCUUCUUGAGGAAGCCUGGAGUGAGCUCUUCCUGCUAUGUGCUCUUCAGUGGUCUAUGCCGCUUGAAUCAUGCCCGCUGCUCACCGGCCUGCACGAGCAAUCCCAGACGGAUAAGUCGGCGACUUGUGUCUCGGACAUUCGCCUGCUGCAAGAGAUCAUGUCUCGUUUUCGGGGGCUUCGGGUGGACCCAGCCGAGUUCGCCUGUCUCAAGGCGAUCGUGCUCUUCAAACCUGAAACACGCGGGUUAAAGGACCCACAACAGGUCGAAAUUCUGCAGGAUCAGGCGCACAUGAUGCUGACACAGCACGUUAGGGCACAUCAACCAGCGCAGUCUGCGAGGUUUGGUCGUAUGCUCCUUCUCCUCCCCUCUUUACGAUUCGUGACGUCAGACCAGAUCGAGCGACUCUUCUUUAGAUGUACCAUCGGUGACACACCCAUGGAGAGGUUACUCUGUGACAUGUUCAAAAAUUAAUCAGAGUCUGGAAAAUGAUGGAGGGGAUCGUAAAGAGCGAAAGUACCAUUGGCUUUAGAACAGUGGUCCAUUUGCUGAAAGACAUUCAAAUCAUGGACAAGACCAUCGUCAGACGUUGUGAACAGUCUGCGAAUGCUGGUUUAUUACGGCCUUCUGGAGAUUGGCUUUAGAACAGUGGUCCCUUUGCUAAUUAGAGACAGUCGUUGAUCACGUGCAGAUGUCGCGCUGAAGUCUUCUAUGAUUUUCCUUUUCGAAAACAAUAUUGAUGAAGUAAAGUAUGUGCGAGGCAUGAUCAGCAAAAGGGUAUCAUAUUCAGUGAUAGGCCGGGAUUGGUAUGGAUACGCAACUUCAUUACCACUGGCCUUUUACUGCCCCUAGGUGUGUCGGAAAAGAAAUGUUGACAAAGGCAGGGUCCGCAAUAAAGAAGAAGUACCUCCUAGAGAGGUAUUAAGAACUCUGACAUUGAGGGCGUUGUUCUUUAAAGAGGCGAAGGUUGAUUGUGGAAAAUGUGACCUGAAAUGAGUGCCAUAUUAUAAAUGGGUGAAAAGGCAGACAGGUGAAUUACUCGGAAUCGUGAUCUCAAGAAAUGGACCGGACUUCGACUGAACAUUGGGAGAAGUUGGAGGGUACUGAUAUGCCAAGUAAAGUCAAAUGAGGGGCACAUCCAUCGGCUCCUACAGGUGCUACGCUACCCGAGUACAAAUGAUAAUGAUUAUAUAUAGAGACAAUGAUUAAUUAGUGCAUACUUGUUGAGGGUGGUAUAUCAUCGAUAUCAUUGGCUCGUAUCUAUAAACACGCAGUUGGGUGUGGCUGUCCAGUGCUGUCAAGAAUGUGCAGGUAGCAGGUAGGCGGAACUGUCCUGAAGAGCAUUUCAUGAAAGGACGUUUCAAUCCAACAACGUCUGCUUUCUAUAGCAGUUACCAGAGGAGCAGUGCUGCUUCUUCUUCUUCUUCUUAUUAUUAUUAUGAAAUGCUGGCCUGAAGGCGGCUGCGGACGUAGCUGAAACGCAAGUAAACAAUUAAACGCAAGGUGCAAAUGGGUGCGUCCGCUUGGUUGAAAAAAAGGGAAAGUUGUGCUUGAUAACCAGCUGCUCUUUGACGUGGUUCUGGGGAGCUUUUUCAUCGUUAUUAUUAUAAUUAUUUAUUUAAUUAGUAUUAUAAUCAAUAUCAACAUUUUAUGGGAGUUGUCUAGUUUCCCAAAAUACAUUCUUCAAUGGUUGUACUUUAUUAUUACUUGUGUAUCCCUAACAGUAACAUCAUUUGUCCGGAAACAAAUCGAGAAGGCCUCGAUUAAAUCCACUAUUAGGUAUCAUUCGAAGUUAUCAAAGUUCAUAUUGAUUGUUACAUGAAUGUUGGGGCAUGCAAUAUUGCAUUAAAAUAUUAUGAAACUACACAGUGUAUGUAGGGAAUGUGCAAUUCAUGUGUAUAGAAUGAUUUCAUUCAAAUUAUUGAAGUUGAUAUCAAGUGAAGGUAUCGAAAAACCGGUGAUCUGAAAGUGACGAACCCCACCCCCGCUAGUUAGUCGACACUUUUUGUUCAACGACAGAAACGGACUUUUACGUCGCUAGUUGAUCUUGGAAGAGUCUUUUAGCCAUGUCUUUUAUGACAUGUGAAAAUUUUGUCUUUCGCAACCGCAACGGUGACAUUAGAUCUGCGGUUCGUGUGCAGAAUUCUAGUUGCUACUUUGGUUACAAAGACAUUUUCAAUUUGGGACGAUUCUAGAGCCACAUGAUAGUCGUUGAAGAGCUCGAGAGCGCAUCUUUAUAAAAUGGAAGUUAAAACAAGUUGUUAUCAGUACUUGUUACUUGCUUUGCCAAAUGUUGAAUAUGUACGUCCAUACCUUAUAUGUCAGACCUUGCCAUAUGAUUUGUGUCCGUUUUCUAGUCCAUUAUAAACAAGUAAUUUCAUGGCAUUAAAAGUUGAAAAUUGACGAUCAGAAAGUUGAUUUGUUAUUGAUUAGCCCGGUGAAGCAAUUCGCCUCGUAAUUCUUUGAGGUUCAGAGGCGCACCUAAAUAAAUUCGUUAUGUAUUCAAGAAGAGCAGCAUUCAAAAUGCUGAAUUAAAAAUCAUCACGAAGUUCAGGAAGCAUUCAACUGUGCACGCUUUGUGAUUUUUCCUUAAUAUUUUGUGCUACAGUGAUGCUCAAAAUAUGUUGUCAGUUUAAGCUUGGAUAUAGUAUAU